AUGUCGCUUACAGCUGUUACUCAUUACACGCUAUCAUCACACCCACGCAAUCCUUCGAUUGUCGAUAUCACUGAGCGAGAUAGUGACAGCGUUGCCUUUAUCAAAAUACGACACAAGAUCCCCGAUGGUUAUGCAGUCAGCUUAGUUGAUCCAAAAACCUUUAUUCCUCAUGCUGAAUCACAAGCAAAGAAUGCCACCGUGCGCGCACGUUCCAUUGUCUUACAUAGCAACACCGCUGGAAAGCGGGAGAUGGAAAUUGAUUUCAAGGACACUGCACGUCUUGGCUUUGAAUGGUGCUUUGAGUGGGAAGGUGAAAAGUACCGAUGGGUCCGUGAAAGCCGUAUCACGAGCGUUCUCGAAUGCCGAUGUGUCCGUAAAACAGGCAGUGUGUGUGUGGCACAAUAUCUUCCUUGCAGUGGCAAGAACGGAUACUUUGGUCUGUUUUCAGUCGUUGGAUACAACUUGGCUUCUUUGGACAAUCCACAAGGUCUAAAGAUUAUUCUAUGCAUGACGCUCCUUAUCAUGUUGGACAAAUCGGACGCCAGCGGUUGGCUUCCUAAGCGUAACACCCAUCCUGAAAUGUCGCUCAAGGAACAGCAAAAGCUGGAACGUGAAAAUGAGCAAAAGUUACAGCAAAUGAUUGAAAAGGAUUUGAAACGGAUGCAAAAGAGAAUUGUGCACGAUGACAAGGUCAAGAGCACCAACAAUUCGCCAUCCCAUAGCCCUCAAGUGUCACCUGUGCCAACACCAAGUGCAUCUACCGAAUUUGUAUCAAAACAUCAGCAGCCAUCUCAGCAGUUGCGUACCUCUCUCAAACAUUUGGACGCCACUGCCACUUUGCAAUUGCCUUCUACUGCAGCUGCCCCUUACACGAAUCUCGAAUCCCUUUUUCAAUCACCAGCACCACCACCACCGCAGCAACAACAACAACCCAAAAAGCCCCAAUCUCAACCUCCACAACGUAGACAGCCUUCACCUCCAAACAAGGAAUAUCAUUUCAACACUUCCAAUGCAUCAAGCAAUGGUGGUACCACCGCCACUACAAGCCCAUACUAUUAUUAUUAUGGGACUCAACAACAGCAACAAAAGCAGCAAAAGACAACCACCACUACCACUACUACCACUACUUCACGUUUAGCAUCCGGCAGUAGUACCCAUGCUAAGCGCCCUGUAGCCCAACGACGAGUAUCCACAGGCGAUCAGCUCAUGCAAUACUAUCCUGCCAUGCGGAUGUAUCCUCAUCACCCAGCUCAUCACCCAGCAACAACAAUGCAUCAUGCUCAUCAUCCUCUGCAUCACAACGCUGCUGCUGCUGCUGCGCCAUUGCCACCUGCCUCCCAACAACGAUACCCUGGCGACUAUUACUACAUGUAUCAGCAAUAG